GGGCCAAGGGUUUCUCAUCUCUCCAAAAACAAGGCUGGUUCAAAUCAGGGGCCCUGUUUAACUUGCCUUUUUGCUGUAGGCUCUCUCUUUAUUCACUCUAAGGAGUCUGCUGCCUUUAAACCUGAAUUCACAUCCCUGAAGCAGACUAUGAAAAGUCGAGUGCUAGAUGGCAAUCCAAAAUUUUGAAGAUGAAGAAAUUAGAUCUCCAUUUAUCAGCAGGGGGAUAAGCCCACUUCGAGAGAAAAUGGACUACAAAACGUUACCUUUGGCUGAAUGGAAUGAGUGUCAUGUCAGAGCCUGGCUAGAGUCCAUUGGAAUAAAAGAAGAAUAUGUGAAAAAGCUAUGGGAGGAGGAAGUAACGGGUCCAGUGCUUAGAAAAAUAGAUGAAUCUUUUCUCAAAAGCAUUGGUAUGAAAAAAGGCCAAAUCCACAUACUUAUAUGUGAAAGAAAUGAACUUUUGGAAUGUUUGAACAAAAAAGCAGGUAUAGGGCAAGCAGUUAAUCCCAGCUUUAAGACUCCAGAAUUCUUGAGCGACACUGGUAGAACAACUAAUGCUCAGGGAAAAAAAAUGAAAAUCAGGAAUUCUAACAUGCCUACAAUAGCUAAUGUACCAGCUGAAAAGACAGAGUGUGGCUUGAAGACCAUCCAAAUCACACAGCCUAAAAAUGUACCAAGUUCUCAAGUAACAUUUCACCAGCAUGCAGCUUCCGAAACAGACCUCUCUGGUCCACUAGAAGAGUCUAGCAGGGAAGACACAGAAAAAUCAGUGUCUACUCUUGGCAGGACAGAAAAUGGAAAAAGUCAUUCAAUGCAUAAAAAAAGAGUUGAACCUUUAACUCUGAGCAGAUUUCGACCAUUUGGCACUCAAAAUAUUAAUUUUAAGUAUGUGAAAAACACCGUCCUCUCUCCUGAAACAGGAGUCAUUGAUUUGAUCACCCCUUGCCAUGAAUAUAAAUCCUUUGCCAUUGCUGCAGAACUAGACAGACCACUGCUUGAAGCAAAGUUUGCCUUUGAAGUGAUUCGAUUUGGCUCAGCCUGCAUGAAUAUCCGAAGUAAUGGAACGAUACACUUUGGUGUCAUGGACAGGUUUGAAGGUGACAAGGAUUAUGAACAUGGGCAGAUAAUAGGUGUGCCAGUCAGACACAAAGACAUCUAUGUUGAUGCAUUGGAUAAAAACAUUGCAAAAUGUUUCAAUGCAUCUGACCAAGAAGUUGCAAGAAUAUGCAUUCGCCCUCCUGUUUUUAUUGAAGUGAUUGAGAAGGACACUCAAGACCAACGCUUUGUGGUGGAGGUUGACAUUGAACCAUCAUCCAGUACAGUGAAGGGGAAGAUUUUUCAAGUACGCUUACCUAGAUUUAAUGAAAACAGCAAUAAGACAAUAUGUGAAAAAAAUCCAGUUCUCUAUCAAAGACUUAAGGCCAAUUCUGAACCUGUAAAGAAUGAAGAACAGUUAGUGGAUUUUAUUCAGGGUUUAAAAGAGAGGGAUAUUAGAAGAGAAAUGGCUGAAUCCUCCAGUAAUGAAGACCUGAUAGAAACUUCACAAGAUUUAGGGCGUAAGUUAUUAGUCCUAUUAAAUGAUGGCAAGAACUAUAUAGAUGACUACCUGAGUUACAUCCUUGUCACAAACAGAUGUAGAAAGGAAGAUCUUAAGUCUGUCAACUUUUUAAUGCGCAUGAAUAUUUUCUGUGUGUUUGAUUUUGAUGAGGAUUCCAAUGUGUCAGGUUUACAUGCCAAGUACAAAGAGCAGCAUGCAACAAAUCUGCAUUUCUUGCAAAAUUAUGCCAAUGAAAGCAAGAUGAACACCACUGAAUUUAAAAAACAUUUGGGCCUAGAUGAUUACACCAGCUGGAUAUUUUGCAAUGGACGCAGUGACUUCCUUGGCGAUGAAAAACCUUGUGAUGAAAAUACUUGGAUUAGAACUAAAAGGAAGUAUCUUAAGAAAGUCAUUUCAUUUCUCUGUGAUGAAAUCCUUCCAAAGGGAUCUUUUGUGGUACUUUUCCUACUAUCAUCACCUGUGGAGAAGCCAAUCGUAGACACCUUCCAGGAAUUCUAUACAGAAAUGAAUGGUAUGGAUUAUAUCAUAUGCAUUGCAGAGUCCAAAGAAAAUUAUGAGAAGUGGGCUAACCUAGCUCAGGCAUCUUGUAGCAUUGAGACACUAGAACAGAGGAGCAUUGUGGGCAUGAAGCUAAGUCACGUAGAUGCCACUAUUCAAAACGUGCUGCCAUCUACAAUAUGUCCCAGACGUUUACCAGUUUCCACAAGAGGUCUGUGUGUGCUUCCAACACUGGAAGAAGAGAAAAUGUUUUCCCUUGAAAUAUUGUGUACAAAUCAAUGUGAUGAUAUCAAACUGGAUCUUCUGAGCACAAAAGAAAUACAAGAGAUAGAACGAACAUUUUACCAAGGUAGAAAAGUCAGCUGGAAAAAUUUCUGGCUUGCUGAUAAAGGGAGCUGUGGAGAAGUCAUUGAACGUGAUGCCUGCAGAGAUGUUCAUAAAAUCUUAGAUGGCAUUUUGCACGAGAACAGAAUCAGGUGGUCUGUGGCUAAACUAAAAAUAUUUCAUCAACCUGGAAGUGGAGGAAGCACCAUUGCAAGGCAAGUACUAUGGAAAAGAAGAAAGGAUUUAAGAUGUGCUGUGGUCAGAUCUUCAUAUCCAGUUGCAACUGUCUCCCAACAUGCAGUUAAUUUUAGAGAAUAUGAUGAAAAUGACAUGAAGAAUUCUCUCCCAGUCCUCCUCCUUGUUGAAGACUACGAUGAAGAUUAUCUAGAUGAAUUAAAGAAUGAUUUAAUGGAUGCAAUGGCAGUUAGAAGAAGUCAUUUUUCCAAGCCUUGUUUCAUCCUCAUGUGCUGUAAACGAUCUAAUGUCCCUGAAAAGCUUUGCAAAGCUUCUCCCCUCGAUACAGUUGCCGUCACUCACAAACUGUCGGACCAAGAGAAACACCUGUUUAAAACCAAAAUUGAAAAGCUUGAAGAGCAGAAAGACUUCAAGCCUGAAUUUAUAAUUACGUUUGUCCUGAUGAGCAAGGAGUUUAAGGAAACUUAUGUCACAGAGUUUGUAGAGCACUGGAAGGAAGGCAUAGACCUUUCCUCCCCUGUUACUAGUUUGAUGAAGUACGUUGCUUUGCUCAAUUCCUAUGUACAUGGUUCAUACAUUUCAUUAUCACAUUGUGAAACUUUUCUAGGGCUUGGGGCAUAUACAGAAAAGAGAGAGUAUGAUUUCAAGAACAACUUAAGUGAACAGGCAAGACUUAUUUUCAUUGAAUUAAGAGCAAAUACCACCUAUAUUUCAUGUGUUCAAAUAAUACAUCACCUGGUUGCUAAGGAAAUUCUGCAUCAACUCUCAGGAAGUCAGCCUCAAAGUCAAAUUGCAAUGAAUCUUCUCCAGGAAAAAAUGCUUUUUCAGCACAGAUUUGGACGGGAAGAGUUCAUAAAAUUCAUCAGAGAUCUGUUCAUACGACGUGACAAGAAGAGCAGGGGAGACAAUACUGACAGCCUCUUCUCUCCAUUCAUUGAGCAUGUUUGUAAGGUUGAAGACUGUGAAAAAGCUAUAGAGGUUUUAAAAACUGCAUACGAAUGCCUGGGAAAGGAUGCCUACUUUGCGCAGCAGCUUGCUCGACUGCAUUAUAAUCAUGAAAAAUUUGAGGAUGCAGAAUAUUGGGCACGGGUAGCCAAAUCUCAUUUGCCAAAUGAUUCUUUUAUUUUGGAUACAGAAGGUCAAGUGUACAGGAAAUGGUUUAGUUCUACUGUGGACAAAGAGACAGAUGGGGCCAUACCUGAUGGAGUCAUUGAGAUGAUAGAAAUUGCCCUUAAAGCUAUGAAAUGCUUCAGGGCUGCACAACAGGCUGCAAAGUCAGAGAUCGACAGCAUGAACAACGCUGGAUAUUUUGGAGAGGUUGAAGUGGGAUGUCGUCUACUAAAAUUCCUGUCUACACUUGAGGUAUUUCCCAGAAACACACAAGGGGAACAUUCUGAGCUUGUGCGUUAUUUGCUAACAGACUACAUUCCUGAGGAAAUUAAAAAACCCUGGGGAAAGCUUCACAGUCGUUUAAAAGGCUUACGCCAGAAUAUUUAUAAUGCUCUGGAAUGGAUUUCAGAAGAUCUAAGUUACUUCCAAACAGAUAAAAACCAGAACAAAGAAAAUGAGGCAGAGGAAGAACAAGUUUACAAUCCCAGAAAGUGGUUGAAAAGACAGUCUGAGGUGUAUGCUAAGUUCUUUACCACAGAGUAUCCUAUGGGAGAAAACCAAGCAGGACCUGAAAUCCAACUCGUCAGACGUAUGAACAUUUAUAAGUAUGGUGGUGGCAGUGUCACUAUCAUUCUUUCAUUGUUUUCAGAUUCAAAGGAUGAGAGGUCAGUUAAGAAGCUAGAAAAAAUAAUUAGCUUAUAUGCAGAAGACCCACAGAAAGGAAGCUUGGAGGAUAUUGAUCUCAUCAAUUAUAUUUUGUGUCACAUCACACUAGCAUGUUUAUCUCCUGGAUCUUCCAAACUUCUUCCUUUUCAAACACUUAGAGAACUCAGCAAUAGAUUCUUUAAACAGAGAAGAACAGCAUUUCCAGCAAGUGCCCAUUUUUUGCUCACCUUACUAUACUGGCCAGAUGAUGCAUUAGACAGAGAAUCUAAUCCAGAUAAAAAUGAUAUUCUCAUAGCCGCUCUUCAGUCCAUGAAGCGCUUGUAUGACAUCAAGAUGAAAAACGUUGCUCCAAGAAAAAAGAGAAUCUACACACAUUUUUUCCUGGGAAAAGGCAAUGGUCUACGAAAGUUUGUACACAAGACUAGGAUUGAUAAAUUAAUUGAUGGCUCCCUAAAUGAACGACGAAUGAAGUGGCUACAUGGAGAUGUAUGGAAAAUAGGCAAAGUUCAUAGCGUCUUAAAGAGAGUGAAUGGCUGGACAGAAAAGGGGAAAGUAUGUGCACGGGGUCAUGUUGGGCAGAUUCAUAUUUUGCCUUUACAUUUUGAUUCAGUGCCUCCAGGAAAUGAAAAUGUGACAUUUUAUUUAGGAUUUUCAUUUAGUGGGCUUGUUGCCUAUGACAUUCAGGUGAAAAGAUAAAACAAUCUGCUCCAAAAAAUAAGGUAUUUAGUGCAUUAAGAACAUACAGAAGAAAGAAGUCUACUGUCCAAAAUGAGAACUAAACCUUUCUCUUAGAGCAAGUACAACCAAAACUCUGACAGCGUCAUUAGUAUCAACUGCCAUAUGCAAUUUUCAAGUCAUUGUUUUGUAUCUGAAUACUUUGUUUCAAUGUAGCUGUCAUCAUUCAAUUCCCCCUUAGGAAAUUUUUAAGUUAUUGUCUCUUGGAAAGGACAAAGAAAACUGGAUAUUCAACAUAGAGAGGCUUUAUUUGUAUAAAACUGAAAUAUGUAAGUUUUCAUAUCAAUAACACAAACUUAGAAACGAAAUAUGACCCAGCACUUAUAAGAAGAAGAGUAGUAAUGGAGCUUCUCGAAGAUCUUGAAUGCUAGGAAACCCUUUAAAAUCUGUAAUCAUGGUGACUGAACUAUUUUUGGUCAUAGACUCAUAGAAGAUUAGGGUUGGAAGAGACCUCAGGAUGUCAGCUAGUCCAACCCCCUGCUCAAAGCAAGACCAAUACCAACUAAAUCAUCCCAGUCAAGGCUUUGUCAAGCCGGGCCUUAAAAGCCUCUAAGGAUGGCGAUUCCACCACCUCCCUAGGUAACCCAUUCCAGUGCUCCACAACCCUCCUAGUGAAAUAGUUUUUCCUAAUAUCCAACCUAGACCUCUCCCACUGCAACUUGUUCUGUCAUCUGCCAUCACUGAGAACAGCCUAUCCCCCCUUCAGGUAGUUGAAGGCUGCUAUCAAAUCCCCCCCUCACUCUUCUCUUCUGCAGACUAAACAAGCCCAGUUCCCUCAGCCUCCUCAUAUGCCCCAUCCCCCUUUGCUUUUAAAAUUAGUUUGCUUCAUCAGUUGAGAGAGCAGCAGAUUAUUAUUGCAGUUCCUUGCUUUCAACUAUGUGUAGGCAGCUGGCUGGAAUAAAUGGAACCUAUUAAUAUGCUUUUUAGAUUGCCUUACAUCUGUAUUAGUUCCUUUCACCCACUAGUAAAAUAAUGCUGUUAUAUUUAAGAGUUUAACAGCAGCAAUGUUCAACAACAGAUAAAAGAGAAAGUAAAGAAGAAUCCUGUAUCUGAUAUUAACAUCUAGUGGAAUUUCAGGAGGCGGACUGAAUGGAACUGGAAUUUAAGUAGGUCUAACAACUCUGUUGUAACCCCCUCUAACUCCCAUGCAGAAUAUACUGGGAACUGUAAUGGUCAUGUAUAGUCAAGUUUUGUUGUUGGGUUUUUUUGUGGUGUUUGAAAGCCCAAAAGAAAGUAAUUGUUUAUCAAUAUGGAGUCAAAUUCACCACUAGACUGAAUGUGUACCAACUUAAGUGACAUCAAUACUAGUCUUUACUGCAGUAUAUGGACAGCAGAUUCCACAGUAGUUAAUACAGGUAAUUUAUUUUCCUUUUUUGACUUAGUAAAUGAAUUAUUGGCAGAUACUAUCUUGGCUGUAAUUAAUUGCAAUCUAUAAUUUGGUUUUGAUCUUUUCAGUGAAAGUAAGAGGGAAGAUUGUAUUUUAAGGUGACCCAUAUCAAAUACUUAUGUAUAUUUAUGUAUAUUACUAUAUAUAGAUAGUAUCAUGCCAUUUAUAGUAUAAGGAAAAAGCUAGCGGUAUGGUGAUCAUAUACAGAUUAAUGGUGUAUGUCUUUUUUAAUCUGUAUUUAUAAGUAUUUUAACAUUUUAUAAUUUUGGAUUUAGUUUUAAGUUUUAUUGUGAUACUUACUGGUUUUUGCACAUUGGUCCACAGCUAAGUCAUGGAAUCAUAAAAAUGUAGAGCUGGAAGGGACCUUGAGAGGUCAUCUACUCCAGCCACCCAUGCUGAGGAAGGACCAAGUAAACCUAGACCAUCCCUGGCAGGUGUUUGUCCAACUUGUUCUUAAAAACCUCCAAUAAUGGAGAUUCCACAGUCUCCCUUGGAAGCCUAUUCCAGAGCUUAACUACCCUUAUAGUUGGAAACGUUUUCUUACUAUCUAACCUAAAUUUCCAUUGCUGCAGAUUAAGCCCGUUGCUUCUUGUUCUACCUCAAUUGGACAUGGAGAACAAUUGAUAGCUAUUAAUAAACUCUCUCUACCAUACCAGUUAUGUAUAUUACUAUAGUACCAUAACAAUUUAGCAUACUUCAUCCGUUGUAUAGUACCAGGCACACUAGCUGUGAAAGUUAUCUGUAUUAAAUAACCAAAUUCAAUAAAGCAACAAAACAUCUGUUGAUCCUGGAGAGGAAAAAUAUAGUAUUUGAAGAUUUUUUUUAAAAAAAGAGAAGCAUCAUUACAAUUUUACGAAGUUUGUCUGUGAUAAAAAAAACUCAAGAAGUUCUAACACUGUGGAAGGCUAAAUUCUUUAAGAAACUGUACUGCUUAUUGUUACAUCCUCCUGUUACUUAGUUUUAGGAUUUACAUGUAUACUGAUUUCCUAAUGUAAUUUGUUUGAACAUAUAGCUUUUGUAUUUUAACUUAUUAAUUUUGAAAAGACAAACUCAGCACAAGUAUCUUAAUUGUACUGAUUCAUUGUCUGUUUUUAUUGCACUUACUACAAUACAGUGACUUCUAUAAAGAAUUCUUGAAGUUUG